AUGCAUAAUUUUGAUCAUGCGUCGAGCAUAACAUUGGGUGACUGUCUGGGAAAAGGAGCCUUUGGGGCUGUUUAUCGAGGUUUAAAUAUAAAAAAUGGUGAAACUGUUGCAGUAAAACGCAUCAAGGUGUCCAAAAUCAUGAAAAUGGAUCUUUCCGUCAUUAAAAUGGAGAUUGAUUUAUUGAAAAACUUGGAUCAUCCGAACAUUGUAAAAUACAGAGGCUCCUAUCAAUUUGAUGAUUCACUUUGUAUUGUUUUAGAAUAUUGUGAAAAUGGAUCGCUGCAUUCAAUCUGCAAGAAUUUUGGAAAGAUACCUGAAAAUUUAGUUGCUAUAUAUACGUACCAAGUUUUACAGGGAUUACAUUACUUGCAUAACCAGGGUGUUAUUCAUCGCGAUAUUAAAGGUGCAAAUAUACUGACAACAAAAGAUGGAACAAUCAAACUCGCGGAUUUUGGAGUUGCAACAAAAAUGAAUGCUCUAGACGAACAUAGUGUCGUCGGUAGCCCAUAUUGGAUGGCACCCGAAGUCAUUGAGUUAAUUGGGGCAACUACCCCUUCUGAUAUUUGGAGUGUUGGAUGUACAGUGAUAGAAUUAUUAGAAGGAACUCCUCCCUAUUAUGAUUUGGAUCCAACAGCUGCUCUAUUUCAUAUGGUCAAGGAUGAACAUCCUCCCUUUCCUUCGAAUAUUUCAUUAUCAGCAAAGAGUUUUUUAGCACAAUGCUUUCAAAAGGACCCAAAUCUUCGAGUCGGAACAAAGAAACUACUAAAACAUCACUGGGUUACUGCUCAUCAAACAUCUACGAAAUUUACAGAUGCUAUUGAUGAAGUCCAAAAAUACAACGAGCGAGUCAAUGAGGACAACAUGAAUUUUAUAAACGAAACGACUACUCAUAACAUAAAUCCAACUCUGCAUUCUGAUAGACAAUGCUCUUAUCAUCCUCCUGAACCUCCCAGAACACCUCCGCCUAUCGAAACAGAGAGAUGCGAUGUUUGGGAUGACGAGUUUCAGGGUACUCUGAAAAUUAAUAAUGAUGUACUGAAGAAAUCUGAGCAUUUCUUGAAUUUUUAUAAUGAUUUCAAGAGUAAAAAUACUACUUCAAGUUCUACAAAUUCAUCCCCUUCUAAAAGCAAGAAAUCUGUUAGUGUUGACCGGGGAAGUGAAGUUGUGGACUUUGUACAGAAACGCUCAUCACCAGAAUUAUUGACGCCGGCACUUAAUAGAUCCAUCGAUCUUCAGCAGACUCCAAAACAUCACAGAUACCUCUCAACUGAACUCAAAGAAGAUGUUCCUGAUGGUCUGGAAAAGUUCGUUGAAACCAAAAAGGAUAGUGAAUUCACUGAUGUAUUCCCUGCUUCAUCGAUUAAAAUCCAGGGUCUUCGGAAAGAAAAAGGUUUGGGAACACUACUUUUAAAUAAAUCUUAUAAUUCCUGGAACAAUGAGGAUGAAGAAACCGAUGAUGAUAAUGAACUUUUCGAUUCUCUUGAUUCCGAGGCUGAGAACCUGAACAUGGAAAAUAAUAUUCUGCUGGAUAAGCGAUCUCGAUUAGUUUCUUAUUUGAAAGAUAUUUUGAAGGGAUUAAUUGAAAAAAAAUUGGAAGAUAGACCUCCUAUUGUUACCCAAAUCGCUUCGAUUUUAACAGAGGACAUAAGCUUAAAGGAUGAAUUAGUGAAAGCACAUGGGAUGCUUCCUCUUAUUGAAACGCUGAGCGAAAUCAAUGAUACGUCUUUACAGCUAUUAUUAUUAAAACUCAUCAACACGAUUAUUUAUGAUAAUUAUUCAACGUUACACAGGUUCUGCUUCUCCGGCGGAUUGUCUGUCGUGUUAAAGUUUUCUGAAAGAUCCUACCCAUGGGAUUUUCGUUAUGAAAGUGCUGUUUUCAUUCAACAAAUGUAUAGAGCGUCAUCAUUGUCCCUUCAGAUGUUUAUUGGUGUUUCAGGAAUUCAUAUUCUAUUGUCGUUUUUAAAAGAAGAUUAUGCAAAAAGUAAAGAUUUGGUUUUUGUAGGUGCUGAAGGAUUAUGGAAGCUACUUAGGCAGCAGGAUUGUAUACCAAAAAAUGAUGUUUGUCGUAUAGUCGCACGUUCCGAUGUUUUAGAACCUAUGACAAAGAGUAUGCUUAAGGCUUUGGCUGCGGAUGACUCCUCUUCUCGACUUUGUUUAUCGAGGCUUUGUGAAAUAUUGUUAGCACUAUCUCAGUCGGAAACUUACGUUAAAGAAGCCCUUUUGAACGAAAACAUUAUUAGGAGAAACUUACGUAUUCUUUUGUAUUUACCCAUUGAAGAGAUGGUGAUAAUGUUGCAAUUUAUAAAGCAGAUUUCUAUGGUACCGUCGUCAAUAAACUUACUCAGAAAAGUGCAUUUAAUACCCCUUUUAACGCACAUACUCGGAGAUCCGAAAUUAAAAAAUAACAGAAAAGAGAUACGGAAUGAAUCACUGGCUACUUUGUUCAACAUCUGCCGUUUAGAUAAGAAAUCACAGGAAAAAGCAGUUAUUUCUGGAGCAAUACCGUUAUUACAGGAAACGGCUGUCAAAGACAAAAUAUUAAAGGAGUUUGCAUUGCCAAUCUUAUUGACACUUCCACAGUGUAGUCCUAUAUGCAGGCAGUACUUAUGGAAAAACAAAGGGCUCGAAUUUUUCCUUUCACUUUUGCAAGAUUUAAAUUGGCAAUCAGCUGCUUUAGAUACUGUAUCUGUGUGGCUUCAAUACGAAUUUAAAGAAAUACAGCAUGCUCUUUUGGAAAAACGAUAUGUGCAUCUAGUUCUUAAAGUGUUCUGUUCGGCCCAGUCUACUUCGUUUAAUCGCUUGUUAGAUGGAAUUAGUAGAAUAUGCCAACUUUCCCCUAAACUAGCAGCGAGCUACGGCCAGCCUUUAGUUUUCCAAAAGCUAGGAGAUCGUUUGUUACAUGGAAAGCCCAAACCAAUUACAUUAUUGAAUGCUUUCCAAAUGCUCAAAUCCAUGUGUGAAAGUAAUCCAUCCUGCAAAGUGUACAUCUCUCAAAAUGACUUACCUGAUUUAAUCCAUCAGCAAAGCCGAACUAGUGAUUCCGUCUUGGUCCGGGAAUUGGCCAAAGAUCUUUUAAAGCAAGUGAAGAGCUCAAACAUCCAGAGCAAUCCCUCUAUUUCAAAACCUGAUAUGCCUCCGCCAAAACGAUCAUCUAAAGCAGUUGCAAAUCGUUAA